AUGAGUGCCGCCUGCAAUCACCUCACCGUUCAACCUUCAGAACUCAGCUUCCCAUUCAAAUUAAAGAAGCAGAGUUCCUGUUCUCUAAUGUUGGCCAACAAUACUGAUCAACAUGUGGCGUUCAAGGUUAAAACAACCAAUCCCAAGAAAUAUUGCGUUCGUCCUAACAGUGGCUUUCUUUUACCUGGCGACUCUACAUGCAAUGUCACUGUAACAAUGCAAGCCCAAAAGAAGGCACCUUUGGAUCUGCAAUGUAAAGACAAGUUUCUUAUUCAAAGUGUCGUUGUUUCAAAGAGAAUAGCAGACAAAGAUGACAUAACUGCAGAGAAUUUCGAUAAGGCAGCUGGAAAUUUAGUCCGGGAGUUUAAAUUGCGAGUCGUUUAUGUCCAUGCUAAUCAGCCAUUGUCUGUGGUAGAAGGAUCUAAAGAAGAAGAGGAAGAAGAAGAGGAAGAAGAAGGGUCUUCUUCUUCAAGGGCAGCUGUUGUUGUUGCCUUAAAGGAGAAAGAAGAAUAUGCAAUUCAACGACAGGAAUUGGAUCCAGAGAUUGACAGAAACAAUGGGGGCGGUGGAGGUGGAAGUUUCUCGAUGAUGUUUGUGAUAUUCAUAUAA